AUGGCCAUAGUCUCGGAAUACUCGGAGACUGCACCUCAUGAGGCACCGGUAUCGGCGACCUCGACCACCAUGCCUACACCCGCAUCCACACAAUUCGAGAUCCAAGAUGAUCAGGCCGACGGCGAGACCUUGGCGGCCAAAUACCAAAUGCUGGAAGAACUAGGUAGUGGCUCGUUCGGCGUGGUUUACAAGGCCAUUGAAAAAGCCACAGGCGAAAUAGUCGCCAUCAAACAUGUCGACUUGGAAUCCUCUGAAGAAGACCUCUCCGAUAUCCUCUCCGAACUAUCCGUCCUCUCCUCGUGCUCGAGUCCCUACGUGACGAAAUACCGCCUCGCCUUUCUGCGACGCCACACACUAUGGAUUGUCAUGGAAUAUCUCGGCGGCGGGUCGUGUGCAGAUCUGCUCAAACCACCUCCACAUUCGCUGUCCGAAAGUCACAUUGCCAUCAUCUGUCGAGAACUUCUGCUGGGUCUGGCAUAUCUACACCGAGAAGGCAAACUGCACCGAGAUAUUAAAGCCGCCAACAUCCUGCUGGGCAUGGACGGGCGGGUUAAACUGGCCGACUUUGGCGUGGCGGCGCAACUGGUCGGGCUCAAGAGUGUGCGGAAUACCUUCGUCGGCACGCCGUUCUGGAUGGCGCCGGAAGUCAUCCAACAAGAAGGCCACGACGCCAAAGCCGACAUUUGGAGCCUCGGGAUCACGGCCAUGGAGCUGGCGAACGGAGAGCCGCCUCACGCCAACGUCCAUCCCAUGAAAGUCCUGUUUCUGAUCCCCAAACAGACCGCUCCCCGACUGGAGGGGAGUCGAUGGUCGAGGGAUUUCAAGGACUUUGUGGCCGCCUGCUUGACCAAAGAGGUGGAUAAGCGAAGUGGUGCCAAAGACCUACUGAAACAUCGAUUCAUCCGGUCUGCCGGCAAGAUUGAAGGGCUUCAGGAGCUGAUCGUUCGAAAACAAGACUGGGAAGCCCGCAAGGGAGGCGACCGUCAUCUGAAAUACUACGCCGAGACGCUUCGGAGUUUGUCAGCCGCCCAGAAUGACGACGACUGGGUGUUUGAGACCAUCAAGGCCGUUCCGACCGUGGAUCUAAGGGCGGGUCAGACUCAGAAGCGGAGAAAGGUCGAGAGAAGGUCGUCGGUAGAUGUGCUUGGGGACCAUGACAGUGAGAAUGGCCAUGGCAACGACAAUCCUGACGAGAGUGCUGGUCGGACCAUGGACGGGCUGGAUUUCGGUCGGGAGCAACCGACAAGUCCUACCAAGUUGACGAUGCGCAAGAUCUCCAAUACCCGCCCGUUACUGGCCAACCGAAGGGAUUCAGGAGAUUCACAGACCACGUCCAGACGGACGGCGCGGAAGAGAAUGUCCAGUGCCGCUCAGGCCCGACAGCCGCUGGGAGUCAACAUGUCGUUCGGCAACAGUCCGAGCACGGUGCGGCAGUUCAGAAGAGUGUCGCCAAACGUGAUCACAGGAGGAGGAACUCCGGAGCUGGAGAACGAAAACGAAAACGAAGAUCCCGACCCCAACAGUAGUGUGAUCAGGACACCGUCCAAAGCCAGCAAGUUGGGCACUGACUUGUUCAUGGAGCCAGAGACACAGUCGAGGCUGAAGUCGAAGUCGAAGUCGAAGUCCGAGUCCAAGUUGCAGCCGGAUGAAAUGGACUCGAGAUUAUCGGACAAGGACUCUCUAGGUUCAGGCAAUGACUCGAGAAUAUCGGAGGAGAACUCGCCAUCUUCGUCGACCGCAACUACUGCUAUGACGGGGGCGGUCCCGGCAGCGAUACCAUCGGAAGCGAAAGAGACCAUUCUAGGCCGAAGAUUGUAUAGCAGCGCCAUCGGCAUAUCGUGUCAAGACGUGCUCGACGAGACCGCCGACCAGGUCAAGCGCGAGGCUGUGGCGCGGCUGGCCGAGGCGUUUUCGGAUUUGGAGAGUGUCGACCCUGACGGCCUGUAUCAUAUCAUGGCGACGAUCGUGGCCAAGAUGAAACAGGAUCCGAUUCUGGUCAAAGCCAUAUUGGCAACAGAGAACGUGGAGGAGGCGCGAGCGAAUAAGUCUGGGUCCUUGACGCCCGACACAGAGAAAGCUGGUUCGUCUUUGCAGGAGGCGCAGUUAGCAGUGUCACAGCCACCGACACAGCAACAGCAAACUCCUUCGGCUUCGGCUUCGACUCCCUCUCCCACUUCACAACCCACCUCAGCCAACGCAAGCAGACAAGUGACGCCCGCAGCGGUACCGAACAAUAAAGUGUCCGGGGCCAAGCUGGUCCUGGCACAGAACAAUCCACAUCUCAAAAGCCAUCGUCGCAGACAGAGUGCGCAAGCCGUCGUGGGUGUGGGUGUGCUCAAGUCUCGCGACUCGAGUCAGGCCACCACCGCAGCUGGAGGCAGUCCGUUGAAGAAGGCGAGUAGUAGUAGCAGUGCCAAUGUUGGGAGUCCGAGGGCGACGGCCGGGACAACGAGGGGAACGACGAGGGGGAACCGGAGUGGGAAUGAGGUUGCGAAUGCGAAUGCGAACAUGACCAUGAACAAUCCAAAAUCCACCACUGUCACCGAGGUCGAUACAGACGGUGCCAAUGGUACUGGUCCUGCUACUGCUACUGCUACUUCUGCCAGCGACGCGGCCGACAAGGAAAUGAUGAAGGGGUUGGUCGGCGGCCUUGACCAUACGCGACAAUUGGCCGACGUGUUGUUUGAGCGUUGGUGUCAGGGAUUGAGGGUUCGGUGGCCUGCUGUAUAA